AUGGCGACCAGCAUAACAACAUCGGCUGCGCCAACCAGCACUGCACGGGUCAGCCCGCAGGGCGGCAUCCUAGAAGGCGGCAAUCCUACUGAUUAUGACCCCAAAAACCCGCUUGUGUUGUUCAUUAUCCAGGCGGUUAUCAUUAUAGUGUUAUGUCGCCUGAUCCACUGGCCCCUCUCAAAGAUCCGCCAGCCACGAGUUAUAGCAGAGGUUAUCGGCGGGAUCGUUCUGGGCCCGUCCGUGAUGGGCCGCAUCCCCGGAUUUACAGAUGCCAUCUUUCCAGCAGAUAGUAUUCCAAGUCUGAAUGUAGUCGCCAAUCUGGGACUGGUACUGUUCCUCUUCUUGGUGGGUCUCGAGACCGACCUCCGCUUCCUCAUUAGCAACUGGCGAGUUGCCCUGAGCGUAUCUGCUGCUGGCAUGAUCUUGCCCUUUGGACUGGGCUCUGCCAUCUCAUACGGUCUUUACCACGAGUUCCACAAUGAUGGUAACACAAAGCCGAUCUCCUUCGGCACUUAUCUUCUGUUCAUUGGUAUCGCUAUGGCCAUCACGGCCUUCCCGGUGUUGUGCCGUAUCCUCACUGAGCUGAAGCUGCUCUCAACCCGUGUUGGUGUCAUUGUACUGUCGGCCGGUGUUGGAAAUGACGUCGUAGGAUGGAUCCUACUUGCGCUGUGCGUCGCUCUUGUGAAUGCGGGCAGUGGUAUCACGGCACUGUAUGUGCUGUUGGUCUGCGUGGCCUAUAUGCUCUUUUUGACGUUUGUUUUCCGCCCGCUGUUCCUUCGUUUCCUCGAGAAGACGGGCAGUUUGCAGAAAGGGCCGAGUCAGUCGGUGGUGGCCUUGACCCUGCUUAUUGCCCUGGCCUCAGCUUUCUUCACACAAAUCAUUGGUGUGCACGCCAUUUUUGGAGGCUUUGUUAUUGGCCUGAUCUGCCCGCAUGAAGGUGGCUUCGCUAUUAAGCUGACGGAGAAGAUUGAAGAUCUGGUGGCUGCUAUUUUCCUGCCACUUUACUUCACUUUGUCUGGGCUGAGUACUAAUCUAGGACUUCUUGACUCUGGCAUCGUUUGGGGUUACGUGGUUGGAGUAAUCGCCAUCGCGUUUCUUGCGAAGGUUACUGGUGGUGCUGUUGCCUCGCGGCUCUGCGGGCUGUUAUGGCGUGAAAGCUUUUCAAUCGGCGUUUUAAUGAGCUGCAAGGGCUUGGUGGAGCUCAUUGUGCUGAACAUCGGCCUCCAAGCCAAGAUUCUGAGCACUCGGACUUUCACCAUUUUUGUCGUAAUGGCCUUGGUUACGACAUUCCUUACCACUCCCUUGACGACCUUGCUGUAUCCAAGGUGGUAUCAGGUCAAGGUUGACCGCUGGAGACGAGGUGAAAUUGACUGGGAUGAGAACCCUGUCCAGCGCGAUGGUCGCAACGAUAGCGUCGCCAUCGCCAAGAACCAAUUGAAGGCAGUCCCGGUCCGCAAACUGCUCGUCUACCUUCGUCUCGACGGUCUGUCCGGUGUCUGUACUGUGGCAGCUUUGCUGAGUUCAAAGCGCCGCGCGUCCGUGUCAUCACCCAUUCAUCCCACAAAAACACCAAAGCAAACCGAACAAACUGUGGAAGACCCUAUCACCCCAGAAGAGGACGAGCAUACCACACUCAAGGUUCACGGUGUCAGGCUGAUGGAGUUGACCGACCGUGAUUCCAGUGUUAUGAAAGUUGCUGCUGCAGGGGAGCAUGCGUUGUGGGAUCCAGUGGUCAACACCUUCCGUGCGUUCGGUGACUGGCACGAUCUAUCACUGAUGGCUGGAGUAUCUGUGGUCCCUGAAUAUUCCUACGCAGACACUGUCAUCGGCAUGGCACAGCAGGACACGGCGGAUCUCCUGUUGCUUCCUUGGAGCGAGACCGGGACCUUGGCUGACCACCAUAAUGGCCUAGAGUUUGACGAUGCAAAUCGUUUCUCCAAUGGUGAAUACACAAGCUUUGUUUCGGACAUCCUAGAACGCGUCCCAGGUCAUGUCGGCAUCCUGAUUGAAUAUAGCCCUAUUUCAGCAUCCUCCAAGAGACCCGUCAUGUCGCGCACACCGAGUGGCAUGAGCCUCCAGGGCUCCAUCUUUGCCCGCCAGCCCACUGGCAGUCGUUCUCACCACGUCGUCCUUCCAUUCUUUGGUGGCGAGGAUGACCGCUUCGCUCUUCGCCUUAUCAUGCAGCUUGCCAAGAAUGACCAGGUCACUGCCACCGUUCUUCAGAUUACUGGUACGAGCAGUGAUGUUCAGAGCACUGGCAUCUCAGCCAUAUUCUCUCCUUCAAGUUCAAGUGCAAAGCCUGCGGUCAGCUCUCAGUCUGAUGUAGUAUUCUUCGAGACCAUCCGCGACUCAGUACCCGAGGAACUGCAAGAUCGCGUCGUCUUCCAUCAGCCAGCUCUUGAUGAAGCCAUCACUGACUCAGUCCAUAUGGCCGUGCUUGCGGUGCGGGAAGAACUAAGCCACACCUCUAACAAAGCGAGCAACAUUAUCCUUGUUGGUCGCCGCAGUGUCUCCACAGAGCUAGAGCUGAGCCUUUCGGAGGACGGUAUUGGCAAUGACACGCGCCGGACUCUGGGGCCUGUCGGUACCGCCAUGGUGCUCCCAGAGAAUAGGAUCUUCGGCAGUGUUUUAGUACUACAGGCUGGUACAGAUGUUGGAUUAGCAGACUACUACCGCUGA